AUGGGGUCCACCGAGGAGCAGCAGCAGCCGGUGGCCGUCGUGGAGGAGGCGUCGCCGGAGAUCAUCUUCCGGUCCAAACUCCCUGACAUCGCCAUCAACAACACCCUCCCGCUGCAUCGUUACUGCUUCGAGCGCCACCCCGAGGUGGCCGACCGCCCCUGCCUCAUCGAUGGCGCGACGGGCGCCGUGCUCACCUACGCCGAGGUGGACCGCCUGACCCGGCGCCUAGCCGCGGCGCUCCGGCGCGCGCCGCUGGGGGUCGGCCGCGGCGCGGUGGUGAUGAACCUCAUGCUCAACUCGGCCGAGUUCGUGCUCUCCUUCUUCGCCGCGUCCCGCGUGGGCGCCGCGGUCACCACCGCCAACCCGAUGUCCACGCCGCACGAGAUCGCCAACCAGAUCGCGGCCUCCGGCGCCACCGUCGUGUUCACGGAGUACAUGGCCGUGGACAAGCUCCCCGUCAAGGCCGACGGCGGACUCACGGUCGUCCUCAUCGACGCGCGCCGCGACGGGUGCCUCCACUUCUGGGACGACGUCAUGGCCAGCGUCCCCGACGAAGACGUCGACGACGAGGACCAAGAAGCAGCAGAAGCGGCGGCGGGCUUCGACCCCGACGACGUGGUGGCGCUGCCCUACUCGUCCGGCACGACGGGGCUCCCCAAGGGCGUGAUGCUGACGCACCGGAGCCUGAGCACCAGCGUGGCGCAGCAGGUGGACGGCGACAACCCCAACAUCGGCUUCACCGCGGACGACGUAAUCCUGUGCUCGCUGCCCAUGUUCCACAUCUACUCGCUCAACACCAUCAUGAUGUGCGGCCUCCGCGUCGGCGCCGCCAUCGUGGUCAUGCGCCGCUUCGACCUCGCCAGGAUGAUGCAGCUCGUGGAGCGCCACCGGAUCACCAUCGCCCCGCUGGUGCCGCCCAUCGUGGUCGCCGUGGCCAAGAGCGACGACGCCGCGUCCCACGACCUGUCGUCCGUCAGGAUGGUGCUCUCGGGCGCCGCGCCCAUGGGGAAGGACAUCGAGGACGCCUUCAUGGCCAAGCUCCCCGGCGCCGUGCUCGGACAGGGGUACGGCAUGACGGAGGCCGGGCCGGUGCUGUCCAUGUGCCUGGCGUUCGCCAAGGAGCCCUUCAAGGUGAAGUCCGGCGCGUGCGGCACGGUGGUGCGCAACGCCGAGCUCAAGAUCGUCGACCCGGACACCGGUAAGUCUCUCGGCCGGAACCUCCCCGGAGAGAUCUGCAUCAGGGGCCAGCAGAUCAUGAAAGGUUACCUAAACAACCCGGAGGCGACGAAGAAUAGCAUCGACGCCGACGAGAAACAAGUCGAGCCAGAAAUCGGGGAAAUCCCAGUCGCCUUUGUGGCCAAGGCCAAAGGGACCGAGCUCAGCGAAGAUGACGUGAAACAAUUUGUGGCCAAGGAGGUGAUCUACUACAAGAAGGUCCGUGAAGUGAUCUUCGUGGACAAGAUCCCCAAGGCUCCAUCGGGCAAGAUAUUGCGCAAGGAGCUAAGGAAGCAGCUUCAGCAGCAGCAACAAGUGGUGUGA